ACCGACAAGAACCCGACCACCACUUCAUUCAAGAGCCACCAUGACGACGGUGGAAAAGACUGGCGUCGUUCGCCCAUUCGGCAUCAAAACCGGCCUGAAGUCGGCAACGGCUCGAAACGCCGCGCUGACCCCUCGUCGGUUCAAGAAGUUUUCCAUCUCCGAAACGUGGCUCCCUCUCAAGAAGUCAACUCCAGCAUUCGAUUGUUUGUUUCCUGAAAACCAUUCGAGCGACGUGAAAAAGAUUAAAUACGCCACAUACCCGUACCAUUUCUGGGGCCUGGCACUGAUUUUAGCGAUUGGGGCGUCCAUCUUUGUGUACGCUCUGUCGUCGACGAGCAACUUUCGCAUCAAAAAGGGGUUUUGGUGGCAAUACGUGAUCAUCGUGCUGCUGUUUUUGUUUGCCGGCAUCAGCUUUUUCGUCCCCCGCAUCGAAGUCUUUCGCAUGAAUCACACGUUUGUGACUGUGUGUCGGCCCAAAACGUACCAGUACCUACUCUGCUUGACCCGUGCGCUGGAACUAGAACGCAAGCUAACCGAAGUCGUGUCGAUUGGAGUCGAAGAAUCGGGCGAGAAAAUGGGCGAAGUAGACACACGUUUGUACAGUAUCCGCUUUGACUUUACAGACGGCACGGUGGAAACGCUUCUCGAGCAAUGCUCGAAACGAGUGGCCAUUCGACGCUGUCGCAGUUUGAACUUUCUCUUGGCUGCGUACACUCCUGGGUCGCCCCUCAAGCCUAACAAGGCCAACGCUAGCUCGGUGGAUUUAUCUCCCGCCGUUGUGACUUAAGUCGAGUGGAAAAAAUAUAUACAUAUGUAUACUUACUUACUUAUAAAAAAAUGUACUAACGUAUGUAGUACUAGUAUACACAACAACCGUGACAAGCCCUCUCGUGCCUUUGCAUGUGUAGUUUGCUUCAACGGGCGACUAUU